UUUACAUCGCUUUUACUCCCAGUCUAUCUGAUCCUUUUUGUUUGUGACCGGACGAGACGUGAAAACGUAGUCGGGUUAGUUCGCGUCUCAUGCGUGAAAAAUUAUAGGAAGGGCCUAUCAAAAUGUCGUUAUCAACGGCGCGACCGAUUAUUACGGUAUAUACCGACAAAAACGAGGCAUCAGGUGAUGUAAUUUCUCUGCCGGCUGUUUUCAAAGCUCCGAUUCGACCGGACAUUGUCAAUGUCGUCCACCAGUUGAUCUCUACGAAUAGUAGACAACCAUACUGUGUCUCCAAAGAGGCUGGCCAUCAAACCUCUGCUGAAUCAUGGGGAACUGGACGAGCUGUGGCACGUAUACCUCGUGUACGUGGCGGUGGUACCCACCGUUCUGGUCAGGGUGCGUUCGGUAACAUGUGCCGAGGUGGACGCAUGUUUGCCCCUACCAAGCCGUGGCGACGCUGGCAUCAUCGCGUCAACGUCAAUCAGAAACGUUAUGCCCUCGUUUCUGCUAUUGCUGCAUCUGGUGUUCCUGCGCUUGUGCAAUCUAAAGGACACUUGAUUGAGGAAGUCCCAGAGUUUCCACUGGUUGUUUCUGAUAAAAUUCAAGAAUACACAAAAACCAAGCAAGCUGUCAUUUUUUUAAGACGCAUCAAAGCUUGGAAUGACAUCCAAAAGGUAUAUAAGUCUCAACGUUUUCGUGCUGGCAAAGGUAAAAUGCGUAAUCGCCGACGCAUCCACCGACGUGGACCUUUGAUUGUUUACGGUCAAGAUCAGGGUAUCCGUAAAGCAUUCCGCAACAUUCCCGGCGUCAGUCUGAUGAACAUCAACAAGAUGAACCUUUUGAAAUUGGCACCGGGUGGUCAUGUUGGACGUUUUGUUAUCUGGACAAAAUCUGCUUUUGAACAAUUAGAUGCUCUUUAUGGAACCUGGCGUAAGGAGUCGCAACUCAAGAAAGGAUAUAAUUUACCAUUCCCCAAAAUGGCCAAUACUGAUUUAUCCAGGCUCCUGAAGUCUGAGGAAAUUCGGAAAGUCCUAAGAGCUCCUAGGAAGAAGGUGGUGCGCAGAGUGAAGAAAUUGAACCCGUUGGUUAACACACGGGCUAUGCUGCGUCUUAAUCCAUAUGCAGCUGUAUUGAAACGUGCUGCCAUUUUGACCGCGCAGAAGCGUCAACACGAGAAGGAUCGUCUUCUCGCUGAAAAACGAGGCAUAAAAUUACCGAAGAACGCACCGGCAUCGAAGGCUCUUGUCCUUCAGAAGAGGAGGAAACAACAACUUGCUAAAAUUAAGCAAUUGAAGCCUCGAGUGAAGAAAACUUCGGCAAAGAAAGCUCCGGCAAAGGAAGCUCCGGCAAAGGAAGCUCCGGCAAAGGAAAUUGAGAAAGAUACCGCAAAAACCGCUGCUCCCAAGCAGCCAGCUAAGAAGUGAACAGCAAUCAUUGAUAAUAUUGUUGUUAACGCAUAAUUUCUAUUUCUGUCUCUGAAUAAAAGAAAAGGCGGAAAAAUUUA